CAAAAAAAAAAUGAAAAAGGAGAAAAAAUCAUAAAUGUGUGAAAAAUAAUGAAAAUGGUUGUCAUGUUCAUUGAAUCAUUCAAUACGCUUCUUCCUCACCUCAUUCUUGGUUGUCAAAAUUCCCUCAAGAACCUUCUGACUUCUCAAUAAGCUCCGCCGCGUGAAAUCUUCUUUAAACUCCGGUAAAGCAACGCCGCGAUGUCUUUCCUGUUCCGUAAGAACGGGAGUAGUUCACGGAGGCGAAUCAAAGAGAAACUUCGAGGUCGGAUUUCAGAUCGCGGGAAGAGAGGAGGAGGCGAAGGAGAAGAAGAGAGAGUCAGAAACGAUUCGUUACCUCCGCCGCCAUCUCCUUGGGGGUUUCUGUUCCCAGAGGAUUUCGUGAGAAUCGAUGGUAAUCUGAAGGCUGUUAUUGUAGAUGAAGAAGGAUUAGAUGUGAUUUACUGGAAAAGGCUUAUCGAGCUUGACAGUAGCGGCUCGAAAAACCCUAAACCUAGGAGAGGAGGAGUUAAAUCGGAUGGUGGAUUCAGAAGAAGUGGAUCAGAUGAAGAAGAAGAAGAAGAAGAAGGAUUCUACAGAGGAUCGGUGGGUAGUAAUCAGAAGGAUGAUGAAUCGGCGUUUUCGUUUCAUGUGAAGAACGAUCAGAGUAAGAGAAACGAUAGUGUUGAAGGAGGGAGAUACUACUCUUCUUCUUCCUCUUCUUCAACCUCUGCUGCUUCGUCUUCACGCCCUUCUUCUACAGGCGGGGUUGGUGGAAAACAAUCCCAAUCCAAAUUUCAAGCUCCUGGCAACGCCUCAUUUCCCCUUUCUUCAUCGCAUAUACCGGCGAACCAAAUCAUUGGCGGUGGUGGUGGUAGUGGUCGUUAUCCGCCACUUCCUCUUCCUCCAGGUCAAUUCGGGGUGUCUUCUUCGACUAUGCCACCGCCUCACGGCUCAUUUCCCUCUUCUCCGUCCCAGAUUCCGCCUAUGCAAACCGGUGGUGGUGGUGGUGGUAGUGGUGGUAGUGGUGGUAGUGGUGGUAGUGGUGGUAGUGGUGGUGGUGGUAGUGGUGGUAGUGGUGGUAGUGGUAGUGGUAGUGGUGGUGGUGGUAGUGGUAGUGGUCUUUCGCCGCCACUUCCGCUUCCUCCGGGUCAAUUCUCUGCAGCAAUUGGGUCUUCCUCUACAUCGCCGUUGCGUCUUACAGUCAACCAAGCUAUACCAAAUGUUCCACCUAACCAAACGUCCACACCGCCUCCACCAUUAGCUGGGGCGCCACCACCGCCUCCACCGCCAUCUGCUGGGGCACCACCUCCGCCUCCACCACCUAAGAAAGCACCUGCUCCACCACCACCUCCUCCUCCUGGUAAGAAGGCACCUGGGCCGCCACCACCGCCUCCAAUGUCGAAAACUGGCCCACCUAAACCACCAGGUAAAGGGAAAGGACCAACCAAGGCAGCUGAGAGCUCUUCUUCAGCCAUAAGCAAAGAGGAUCCAGCGCAGCCAAAGCUCAAGCCUUUACAUUGGGAUAAGGUUAAUCCUGAUGCCAGCCACUCUAUGGUGUGGCAUAGGAUCGAUGGUGGCUCCUUCAACUUUGAUGGUGAUCUCAUGGAGGCUCUCUUUGGUUACGUUGGCGCUCGAAAGCCAAGUGAAGCUAACACUGUACCUCAGAAACCCACUGUAUCAACCACCCAGACUUACAUUCUCGAUCCUAGGAAAUCUCAGAACAAAGCUAUUGUCCUUAAAUCUCUGGGAAUGACUAAGGAAGAGAUCAUUGACUUGUUAACAGAAGGCCAUGAUGCCGAUACUGAUACCCUUGAGAAGCUUUCCGGAAUAGCUCCAACCCCAGAAGAACAGACAGAGAUCUUAGAGUUCAGUGGCGACACGACGAAACUUGCUGAUGCAGAGUCUCUGCUCUUUCACAUCUUACGAGCAGUUCCUUCAGCGUUUAACAGGUUCAACGUCAUGCUAUUCAAGAUCAACUACGGCUCAGAGGUUGCUCAACAAAAGGGCUCUUUACAGACACUUGAAUCCGCGUGCAACGAGCUACGUGCUCGUGGGUUGUUCAUGAAACUUCUAGAGGCGAUCUUGAAAGCAGGUAACAGAAUGAACGCUGGGACCGCUCGAGGAAAUGCUCAGGCUUUCAAUUUGACAGCUCUAAGGAAACUGUCAGAUGUGAAGAGUGUUGAUGGGAAAACUACUUUGCUUCACUUUGUUGUCGAAGAAGUUGUGAGAUCCGAGGGAAAACGAGCUGCAAUGAGUAAGAUCUCAGGUGGUGAUAUUGCAGAUGCAUCUAGAGAAGACCAAGAGACUGAAUUUGUAAAGCUAGGUUUACCCAUUAUAGGUGGGCUUAGUUCAGAGUUCACCAAUGUGAAGAAAGCAGCUGGUAUAGACUAUGACGCUUUUGUAGCUACGACCUUGUCUUUAGGGACCCGGUUGAAAGAAACAAAACGGCUGUUAGACCAAAGCAAAGGGAAAGAAGAUGGGUGUUUGACAAAGCUGAGAUCUUUCUUCGAAUCUGCAGAGGAAGAACUGAGAGUUAUUACAGAGGAACAGCUCAGGAUCAUGGACUUGGUGAAGAAGACAACGAAUUAUUACCAAGCUGGAGCACUGAAAGAGAGGAACCUGUUUCAGCUGUUUGUUAUAAUCCGUGAUUUCUUAGGGAUGGUUGAUAAUGCAUGUAGUGAGAUCGCAAGGAAUCAACGGAAGCAGAGACCAGCAGCAACAGUAGCAGGAGGAGCAUCAAGUUCAACAGCAGCAGCAACAACACCGAGCACUGCUGCUGCACCACAAAGAAAUGCGGUUAGAUUUCCUAUUUUGCCUCCGAAUUUCAUGUCAGAACAUUCAAGGUACAGUUCAAGUGACUCCGACUCGGAUUCUUGAUAACAAGGAGAAAGAGAGAUUCUUUGCUUUUGUUGUAUGUAAAAAGAUGUUAGGGACGCUUGUUGGUUAAGAAAACAAAAAAAGAGAUUCUUUAUGUUCUUUGAAAGUUGUUCUCAUGAUUCUACUUGUUUUGCUGUUGAAUUUAAAGGUUGAUUCAUUAUUUUCUUGGAAGUAAGGAAUACUAACAGAAGUGACUUUUGCUC